UGGGACGCCGACAGUAGCUGGAGAUCGGCGACACCAGCACCAGCACCACCACCCUGACCCCCCCGGGACUCCUGAGUGAUAGCGUCCAGGUUGCGCCGCAUCGCCAUCAUCGCGGGUCGCCAUCCGCGAACCCUUGCCGCGUGUUGCAUUCAUUCAGCUGCAGCGCGACGGCCUCAUCUCCAGACCACAUUCCCGCAAGAUGAACAUCUUCAAUUAUGCCCACAAUGCGACCCAGCAGGAGACAAAUCGAGGACACGAACUCAAGGAGAGGUUUCGCCGGAAACCCAGAGGACCUGCAGAUUUAUCGGCCGAGAAGCAAAGACCUGGCGUCGGCUCAGGCCUGCCCUCGCUGCCUCUCGAGCUCCAAUUCAUGGUUCUCAAUCACUUGAAUCUGCCAGAAACUGUUGGGUUGCGCCAAGUUUGCAGGUUCUACCGUCACGUGAUCACCCCCGAGGUCUUGCAGUCGCGCUUUUCAAGUUACGGGCAGUACGACGCCGUCCUGCAGGGCUGCUGCAGCGAGUGUCUUACCACGCCCGGCCUGGAUCGAUUGAUUUUGGACGUCACGAGAGAUCACGACGCCUGGCGAUCAAUCUGCUUCCGCUGCUGGCGCGUGAAGCUCACCCCGGACUACCAGCGGAAACACGGGCCGUUGCUGGAACUUGCAAACGGCGGGAUUGGCUACAUCUGUCACUUCUGCGCGUGGCCUGUCUGUGGCGACAUCGGCUCCGAUGGCUCAGAAACGCUGCAUGCUCGGUGUAGGAUAAAGCGCUUGAUGGCCACCAUCACGUGGUUUGUCAUGGCCAUCAUACAAGUCGGCCUUGGAGUCCUGGCCCUCGUCCUCGCCGUUUCGCUGUAUAGGGAAGCACCUACCGUGCUCAUCCCUACGGCCAUCGAUUUCGGCUUGUCCGUUCUAGCGUUGUUGUUGUUCAUAAUAAGGACAUGCACGCAAAAUGAACAGAAAUAUACUUACGCUUUGGCAGCUGAGCUUAUGAUGACCAUUGUGCGGAUACCGCCGGUGUGUUAUACAGCCAGGCAGACCAUCGAGAAUCCAGUGGGAGCAAUGGGCAAGUUUGCCUUGGGUAUUUUCCUACUCAAUCUCAUCUUCCGUUUUGUGGAUACAUUAGGGUACACGCUGUUGUAUUUCGGCUACGAUCCACGGAAAAUGUUCUUAGCUGGGCUAUCCCGACAAAGGCAAAUUCUAUACACAAGCUGUACAUUCAUCGUGUGGUGUGCGUUUAUUCCGAAUUGAGACAUUCAAGGAGUCUUCUUUGGAACAAUUUUGUCAUGUCGCAUGAAGCAAGCCUGUUGUUCCAGCAUCGAUCUGCUGCGUGACCUUGGCAACAGGCCUCAAAUGUUCCAGAUGCGACGUCCUAUGAAGGGGUGCGUGCUGCGUUGCGCGGGCAUCCUGCUGAGGACGCCAUGGCUUCUCAGGCCAUACAUGUUGUACGCCAACGCACGGGACUUGGGUUAUCUAGGCCCCUCCGGAAAUAUAUAGGGAGCUUCAUUGGAUACCAUGGUAUAUGAAGAGCUUCCCUUCCGGAUGGCCAUCCCUGGGUCGGUUGUAGAAGUGGCCACCUAACCACACAAGCCUCCAAGGUUACCGAAUACGACGAGUGCGAAUUGUC